AUGGCUGCCGGCCCCCAGCCGCCCCCAAUAACCUCCAAAACAAUAAAGAACUACUACUCUUCCAGUGGUUUCGACAUGAUCCGCGCUCUCUAUUACGUAUCAUCGCGUCCCAACCCGGAAAUCUCCAUCGGUCCCGUGGAUCUCUCCUGCGCCUUUGUUGUUUGCGAUGCGACAUUGAAUGACUGCCCCAUCAUCUACAUGUCCGACAACUUCCAGCACCUCACUGGAUACAGUAGCCACGAGAUUCUCGGCCAGAAUUGCCGCUUUUUGCAGGCGCCCGAUGGAAGGGUAGAGGCAGGCUCGCGCCGUGAGUUCACCGACAACAAAGCUGUUUUUACAAUCAAGGAGAAACUGAAUGCCGGUCGUGAGGUGCAACAAAGCCUGAUCAACUACCGGAAGGGAGGCAAGCCGUUCCUUAACCUUUUGACUAUGAUUCCUAUUCCGUGGGAUGACUACAAGGAUGGCUUUAGAUACUUUAUUGGGCUUCAAAUCGACCUCGUUGAGUCGCCAGACGCCAUCUCGGGCAACUCCACUGAUUCGAUGCGCAUCGACUAUAAGCACAGAACCAGCAUCCCUCAGUACAUAUGGGACCCGCCCAAGACCAGCCAAUGGAACACCAACUACGGACGCACACUCAGUGUCGACGACGUUUCUGCGCUCCUGCAGCAGUUGGGCAACAGCGGUUUAAUGAAUAGCAAGGGCAUUGGAAGUGACAUUGUGAGCUCGGCCACGUCUGACCUUUACCGCCAGUCCUGGGACAAGAUGCUCCUCGAAAACGUUGACGAUGUGAUCCACGUUCUUUCCCUAAAAGGUGUCUUCCUGUACCUGUCACCUUCUUGCAAAGACGUGCUGGAGUAUGACUCGUCCGAUCUGUUGGGCAACUCGCUGUCGUCCAUCUGCCACCCGUCUGACAUCGUGCCCGUCACACGCGAAAUGCGCGACACCCAGGCUGGCCAGCCGAUCAAUUUUGUCUACCGGAUACGUCGCAAGCGCAGUGGUUACACAUGGUUCGAGAGUCACGGUUCGCUGCUUGUAGAGCAGGGGAAAGGCCGCAAGUGCAUUGUACUGAUUGGUCGGAAACGCCCUGCUUUUGCACUGCGCCGUAGCGAUGUCGACAUCAACGGCGGCAUCGGCGACAGCGAAAUCUGGACCAAAAUGUCGACGUCUGGCAUGAUCCUGCAUGUCUCGUCCAACGUCCGCUCUUUGCUCGACCUCCAACCAGAUACUCUCAUCGGUACGAGUAUGCAAGAUCUCAUGCGGAAAGAAUCCCGCGUCGGGUUCAACCGGUCGGUCGAUAAAGUCCGGCGCGGUGUCAUUGCGUCUUGUCGCCACGAAGUACAACAUCGCCGUGGACAAGUUCUUCAAUCCUCAACUAUUCUGUAUCCCGGUGAUGCCGAGAGAGGCCAGAAACCGACGUUCAUUCUUGGCCAAACCAGACUCCUCAAAUCGUCGUCUUCGCGCAACAGCCUUCACUCCAACACUGGAACCUCGAGCGCCUCGGGAGUCGCAAUAACAGAGACCGACGAGGUUGGUCGAGCAGGUGUACUCGGGCAGUUGGCCGAACCAGACACGCAGACGGGUGGGUAUAUGUCCGCGGCUGGCGGGGGCGCGAUACCUCUCGGCUCGCAAGACUCGAUCCUGGCUGCAGACGACAACAUCUUUGACGAGCUCAAGACCACGCGCUGUACAAGCUGGCAGUACGAGCUGCGGCAAAUGGAAAAGGCAAACCGGCUACUGGCGGAGGAACUUGGCCAGCUGCUGGCAAGUCGCAAGAAGCGCAAGCGGCGCAAGGGUGUUGGCAACGUGCCACGCGACUGCGCCAACUGCCAUACACGAAACACUCCCGAAUGGCGACGAGGCCCUAGUGGCCAGCGUGACCUGUGCAACAGCUGUGGUCUACGCUGGGCCAAGCAGGUCGGCCGCGUCUCGCCUCGGAACUCGUCCCGUGGCGGGGGAGGCACCACCAUUGCGGGCAGUGGCGCCAUGGACGCUACCAGCAAGAAGUCUGCGUCGCCCAUCCACGCUUCCCCAUUGCAACGCGAUUUUCCGCACGACGUGCAGCAUAUCAGUGGUGCUGAGUCGACCAGCUCCCACCAUUCCCCGGCCACUGCUGGGAACACCGGCUGGAACAAUGGAAACAACAGCGGCAGCGACAACAGAAAUACCAUUGGCAGCGUCGGUGACACCGCGAGCCUGGGCUCAUCUUCUCAUGACAACGCCGAUUUGCAGCAAGGCGGCUUCUUCCAGCAGCCUGGAGUCCCUCCGUCUACUGGAACGGAGAUGACUUCCAUUCGAGAAGAGCAAGAAACGGCCACUUAA